GCCACAAUGACGGCAGAGAACCUUUUGAACACUCUCGAGGAUUUAAUAGAUGAGGAAUUAGAGAAGUUCAAAUGGUAUCUGAAGCAGCCACACAUCCUGGAAGGCUACAAAACCAUCAGAGUAUCUGAGCUGGAGAAGGCAGAAAGGUGGAAAACAGUUGACCUUAUGGUGAACACGUUUAACCUUGAUGGAGCUCUAAAGGUGACCAAGAAGGUUUUAGAGAGGAUAUACAGAAAUGAUCUGGUGCAGAGUCUGCCAGAAACCAGCUCAGGACCAGAAGGAAGUCAUUCUGGAGUUUGUCAGCAAAAACUUAAAUCUAACCUGAAGAAGAAGUUCCAGUGUGUUUUUGAGGGGAUUGCUAAAGCAGGAAACCGAACCCUUCUGAACCAGAUCUAUACAGAGCUCUAUAUCACAGAGGGAGGGACUGCAGAGGUCAAUGAUGAACAUGAGGUCAGACAGAUUGAAACCAGCAUCCAGGAAACCAGAGACCAGAAACAACAAUCAGACAAGAAGAACCUUUUAACCUCACCUGGAAGAGAUGAACCAAUCAGAACAGUGAUGACAAAGGGAGUGGCUGGCAUUGGGAAAACAGUCUUAACACAGAAGUUCACUCUGGACUGGGCUGAAGACAAAGCCAACCAGGACAUACAGUUCACAUUUCCAUUCACUUUCAGAGAGCUGAAUGUGCUGAAAGAGAAAAAGUACAGCUUGGUGGAACUUGUUCAUCACUUCUUUACUGAAACCAAAGAAGCAGGAAUCUGCAGGUUUGAAGAGUUCCAGGUUGUGUUCAUCUUUGACGGUCUGGAUGAGUGUCGACUUCCUCUGGACUUCCACAACACUGAGAUCCUGACUGAUGUUACAGAGUCCACCUCAGUGGGUGUGCUGCUGACAAACCCUCAUCAGGGGGGCGGAACACCCCGCUUUCCCCCUCCUGCUCGCGCUCCUCGGAUAACCAACACCGACCUGCAGCAGCAAUGCAGAUUCCCGUCCCCUCCGCAGCUCGUCGUUGACCCAACACGCUGA